CCCGGAUCCCGACCAGAUUCUGGCGGGUUCUUGUGAAAGCGCGAUGACGACAAACGAACACAGCCCAGCUCUUCCGCCGAGACCGACGCCAUAUUGUUAGUGUAGAAGAGCCUCUGGGUAGAAAUUUCACAAUAAAAUCGCGUAGCAAUCGUGGAAAGACCUUUCCGGGUUUUGUUUUGCUCAUCUUUGUCCAUUUCAGUCUUCAUUAUCCGUCGUCUUUUUCAGGUGUUCCGCCAUCGUACCGCUCUUCAACAGUGAUACGCCAUCUCAACUUCCCUUUCUGAAGCUAGUGGUAAACAGGAGUCCUACAAACCGCAGUCGCAGCCAGCCCUACAGAACCUGGAAGUUCCUGUUUGCGCUAUCAUCUUGAACGCCUAUCUCGACGAGUUCUGGUUAACGUGCCACCAAAAAAUAUUCAGGCUACGUUAGUGCAAUACUAGAUCCUGCAGGGGCAACAGCUAGCAAGGCGCACCGGCCACACUAUCGAACCUGCGGCAGAAAUUCCCCGACCUGGGUCGACGUGGACAUUGAAGAAGCGGGAGCUGGAGCACAAGCACACGACCGCCCUAUUUUUUCCCAGAGAUCUCCACCAUACGCACCGCUCACCACCUCAGCCACGCUCUCUCCCGCCGGCUGCUCUCCAAGUUAUUUCAGCUUCAGCUCUCCAAACAACUUCACCACCCGGACCGAGCGAUAUAAAGAUUACCGCGCCGGACACCGACUACAUCAAACUUUAAGCAACCCGCUUCCAGUACAGCAUUUCUAUCACAAUGGCUCCCCCGCCGCCCGCCGACCUGCCUCUUGCGCAGAGGAUUCAAAAGCUGGCACAGACCCUGCAGUUCGCUUGGUUCGCUGGACAUGCCACCCUUCUCCUUUGCGUCACCCGCUACGCCUUCUCGUGGCUGCGCAUGAACUACUAUGGUCGUAUGGCGCAGUUCUGCUACCGCACCACCUUCCUCUCCGCUGCCCUCACAUACGGUAUCGUGGUUUACAAGACAUGGCGCGCUCGUCAGAAGACCGGUGCUAAGCCGGCCAACGUUGUCAGCUACCUCACCGACGAGAACGUUCAGUACCUCCUUUUGGCCCUUGUCUGGCUCUUCAUGCCCCAGUACCCCAUCGCCAUGCUUCCCUUCGCCAUCUACUCGGUCUUCCAUGUCGCUACCUACACUCGUGCGAACUUGAUCCCGACUAUCAUGCCCCCUACUAAGGUGGCCCCUGCCGCCGGAGCUUCGCCCAGCGCCAAGCCCCAGUACACUCAGCACCCUAUGUCCGACGCGAUUGGCAGUUUCGUUAAGCAGUACUACGAUUCGUCCAUGUCGGUCGUUGCCAACAUUGAGCUCGUCCUCUGGAUCCGUAUCCUCCUCUCUGCCAUCAUCUUCCAGCGCCGCUCCUGGAUCCUGCUCGUCAUCUACACCGUCUUCCUUCGCACCCGCUUUGCUCAGAGCAGCCACGUCCAGAACUCGUUCAGCACCUUUGAGGCCCGCAUCGACAACCUCAUUGGCGCUCAGGGCACCCCUCCGGCUGCUCGUCAGGCUUGGGAGACCGUCAAGGGCCUUGCCCGUCAGUUCCACCAGGCUACUGAUGUCAACAAGUACAUCAGCGGUGCCGCUGCCCCCAAGAAGACCUCUUAAGUUCUCGGCUACCGCCGAAGCUUGAGAUGUUUGGGCAUUGAUGACAAGAUUGCUUCGCGCAUGCGCAUGCUAGCGCGACCUAGGCAAGACAACAGCCGAGAAUAAUAGCCUGCGGUGCCUCCUUUAGUUCGAAAAUCUUUGGCCCAGAAGCGAAGGGAUCGAUCAUACCUUUCGGUUGGGAAGAACAGGACUCUGGAGGGGUCGCGUACCGGGAACGACCUGUUGGCUGGAAGGCAACAUGCCACGAGAAGGGAUAAUAGUGCGUAAUGGCUUCGGAAUGAAGCUCAGUAAUUGUUCAAAAUCAGUUUAUUACUAGGCUUUCAUUGACAGUUUGUUGCAGUGUUACUCUUUCUGGUUGCGGAGAGAAGUGGUUGAAGAAGGGUGUUUGAAUUUCCUAGCUGCUGAAUGCACCAAUGCGUGUAUACCUGUAUUGCUUCUCUGUUAAUCCAUAUCCUAGCCGUAUGCUUAUUCCCUAGAAACAUAUUGUCAUCAAGCCAGCUGUUCUGGUCGUAGGGGUCGUGUACGAAUACCAACAUUCCACGAGCCGGUUCAAGUUUAUCCUCGACCAGUAGCUGCCCCACUUUUGUACCCCUAUCAGGUCA